GCACGUGCAACAGGACCACCAGAUGAGCAUCUGUCUGCAGAAAGGACCGCUCUUCAUCGACGGCGACUCGGCCCCUGCGGAAGGUGACACCGGCAGCGCACGCCCGCCGCCCGCCCACGCCUCUAUCAACAGCCGCGAUUACAUGACCACAGACAAGCAGAAGUCGCCGUGUCCAACUGCGUCCUCUGCUGCCACGGCUUGUUGUGACCACAGUGACCAGAGUGACCAGCCCACGGAUCUGUCCAUGACAUGUUCGAACGGGUUGGGGAAAGCUGUAGUGAAAUGUAACGACCACGGUUGCAAGAUCACCUUAGAACCGAAGAAAAAUGUGAGAGAUGCCCCGGCGCCCUCUGAAGUCACAGAUGCUAACAAGGCAGCAACUUUGCCAAAAAAGAGAAGGUUUCUAACCGCGACAGACAACGAGUUUACUUCAAAUUCAGGGAAUCCAAGUAAUCCAAACAAUGCUAACGAUGUCAUGCAAGCGAUUCCAAGUAACGCGAGCGAUGUCACGAAAAACGUAAAUAUUAUAGAAAGUGGUGAGAUGACGAAUGCCCUAGAAGAUAUUGCAGAAGGAGAUGAUGACAGCGUGUUUUAUCAAAGAACAACAAACGUUGAGGAGAGUAAGGAGGCAGAGUCUGCGUCAAAUGUGUCUGUAUAUGUGACCGCCCAGUAUGCUAAAGACGAGCUGUGCUGUGUUUCGCUGUCCACGCAGAAAGAAAAGAACGCAAAGCUGAAGAAACUUCUGGAAACAGAGCCACCCGCUGACAGCAAGGCUUUAGAGAGUGUAGUGGCGGACGCUGACUCACAGUGCGCCGAUAAGUCCACCACCAAACUGGUCUACAAGUUCCCUUUCCUCGUGCCCAAGAGCCCUGACUCGGUGAAGCCGCUACUGGCUGUUACAGAAGGCAGCGCGGACGGAGGAGGAAGCAGGAGUGUGGCCAGAGGUAGUGAUAGCUCCCCCCACCUGCCACCAGCUGGCGACUCCUAUGGUCAAGCGUCACGUGGUCCAGGCUUGGGCUUUGUCCCAGGAUCCACGCUGGAACAGAAUAUUGAUCGAAUCAUCCGGGCGUCCAUCUCCUCCGACGCCUACCCUGAGGAAUUCGACAUCUUGAGGAUGGAAACCGAUACACCGGGAUCGUUGAAAUCCGGUUCCGACUCCUCCCGCUCACCACCCACUGGCCACCCUUCUAUGGCGCGCUCCCCACGACUGGUAACUCCGACCCAGCAGUACCGAAGAAUGUCCCAAUCCUCUGUCGACUACGAUAUGCCGAUGCUAAUCAACGCUGUCAAAUCUUCAGACAUCUACGACUCCCCCAUUUACAAACUGAAACCCCCGCCGCCGGUAACGCCCGGUGACCUCUCUAAUAAAAUGUCCCCUGUACCAGUAGCAACUUUUCUCCCGCCCGGCCUCUCGCCUCACCCCAGUAUGGAUGACCAAGUUGGCCUGCACAGACAGAAAGAUGUCCCUCACCUCGACUCUGCCUCUCCCCCCGGCGGGCUGCGAAGAUACAAUAACUCUCUCGCAAGGCCGGAGCCGCCGACUUUCAUGCCCGUCGAUGGCGCCAACCCAGGACACUCAGACAGACAUUUCCUCCAGGGUCACUACGCCACAGGCACGCAAGGGUCUGUCGAGAGAGCUGUGGGACUUGAUAAAGCUUUCCGGAAAGGCUUCGGCCAUCCCCGGGUGGGCGUCCUUGACCCCGGCCUGCCUUCUCUGACCAGUGUCCAGCAGCAGCACCAGGCGCUGUACCGUGACGUGGCCGAUUCUCAGUGGCUGGGGCUGCAGGAGGACAACUCCAGCAACGGCGAGUUUCAUGGUGCCGUCGGCAG